AUUCUAAUUCAAAAUGUUUAUUCUAAAAAAAAAAUCACUUUUUUAAUCACCCACAUGUUUAUUCUUAUACGAUUGUUAUUUUAUUCCCGUUGUAAAUUACAUAUUCCCAGUGUUCCUCAUCAUCUUUGUUAGUUUUUAUGCUUUUUUUGUUUUUGUUCUGAUUGGGGAAUAAAACAAUAAAAUGGCAUCACGAGUCAUUGCGAUCAUUAACCCUUGAGGAAUCCACUUCUAGUAGCGGUUGCCACGGCAAUACUCAAACAACACGCAGUUUCCCUGGCAACGACCCCUGCACAAGCCUUGUGUGUGGUCGCCAUGGCAACCACACGACCUGGCCAGUGGUCGAGAGGACGCCAAAAUCUCUGCUGCCGACUAACAAGUUUGACCAGAAAUGUUUUUUCUGACUUAAUUAUUGUUGACAAUAUUUGUUAAUCAACUUUGUUAAAUUUCAUUUGGAAUGAGUUCCUCGCAGGAGGACGAAGGCACACUUUCACCUACACUGGACCUUGUAAUUCAGAAGCUGGAAGAGUCUCUGUUUGAUUUUGAGGGCCAUGCACCGGACUCUGGAGUUCUACCUGCGCCGGUGUCAACCAGCAUCCGCCGCAUCAUCACCCGCAAUCUGGCCGAGAUGCCCGACGGUGCGACCACCAAAAUGGAGGAGAACCUCCAGGAAGCGGAUUGUAUGACUCAGAGGGGCCACAAGCAGCGAGUCAAACAGUCCAGCCUCACUGAGAAGCUGGAUCAAAUGCUGACCAUGCCGUCGCCGGCAGGCUCGGACCGGGACAGCGUGUCGCCUUGGCAACAGGCGGUCCAGGAGCGAGGAUACAGGCGCAAGCUGCUGCUCUUCCAGGAGGCUCAGCAGAAGCAGGCCCAGCUGGUCCAGAGGCUGCAGACCAAGGUCCUCCAGUACAAGAGCAGGUGUGGCCAGCUUGAAGGGCAAGUCCUGGAGAAGACCUCUGACUUGGAGAAGAUGCGACUGUUGCUGCAGGCCCACAAGGACUCGGCCCAGCGUCAGGAGGAAGAUCUCAACACCAGCAUCAGGAGCAAAGUGGCUCAGCUGGAGGAAGAACAGAGGAGAUGCGGCAGCCUGGGCCAAGUCAACUGUGUGCUGCGAGAACAGCUGGAGCAGGGCAACGCCCUCAACCAGGGCCUGGUAGAGAGCCUGCGGAAGGCGCGCCAGGACGCCGAGCUGUGCGAUACGCGCCUGCGCCGUGAGCAAGAGACGUCGUCAUCCCGCCUGGGUCGGGAGCAGGCUCGCGUCAGAAGCAUGUGGCGCCAGGCCGCCUCCCUGAGGAACGCCUUCACGCAACUCAGGACCUUCACUGACAGAACACUGUCCGACAUGCGAGGCGAGUGCGCCGCUGCAGACCAGCUGUUCCGCGCGGCCUGUCGCCAUCUUGAGGCCCGGGCCACACAGGAGAGCGCCUCCGGUGGCGAGGAGGUGUCAGUGCUGGAGCAACAGCUGAAGGACAAGUUACGGGAGGCCAUGCAGCUUCAGGGGCGCUGGGACGCCGAAAAAGUGGAACUCAACUCCAGGAUCAUGGAGCUUACGGAUGCGGUGAAGCAACUCCGCAGCCAAAACAGCGAGAAGGACGCUAGCCUGGACAGGAUGGAGACGAGCAGAAGCGAGGACAAAGGAGAGAUGGAAGUCCUCCAGGCUGAGAACCAAACCCUUCAGAAAGUACUCAGUGAAGUCCAUCAGCUGGUGUCUAGUGAAGGAAAUAGCACUGCGUCUGAAGGUCUUCUUGGUUGUUCUCCACGGAGGAACACCACCAUUAUGGCUGUGCAGGGUGCCCUCACCAGGCACCAGCAACAAACUCAGGACUUUUGUGCCCGCCUGGAGGCUUCCCUGGAGCAAGCAGACGCAUUGCGUACUCGGCUGCAGCAGAGCGACUUAGCCAGAACGGAACUGGAGGCGAGGAUCCGGGAAGUGACGAAGGAAAGUCAAGAGGCCAAAAAGGCUUUGGAGGAAACUGUCCAGGAAAAAGACAGAUACCGCUCCUCGCUAGACAUCAUCUCUAGCGAGAAGGGUGGUGUGGAGCAGCUUUUAGCAGGAGUGCGGCAGGAGCUGGACUCCAAGCGCAGCCAGCUGGAGGCCCUGAGGCAGAAGCAUCAAGACGCCGAGCUGCAGCUGGCACGGCUGCACUCUGAGACCCAGCGAGGCGAGCAGACCCUGGAGGAGCUAGAAGGGAAACACUCGGACCUCCGGCAGGAGCUGGCUGCGGCGAGGGAGGAGCUGAGCCGGUCAGGCCUGGAGAAGGACGUUCUGGAGGAGGACAAGGCCAGCCUGGCUCUGGCUCUCACCAAAGCUGAGUGUCGUGGCGUGGCGCAGGAAGCGCUGGUAGCCAAGCUGCACCACCAGGAGGCGGGGCUAAAGGACUCCCUGGCCAAGAUGGUCGCCCUGAGCGAGGGCCUGGCCAAGGACAAGGUUGAGCUCAACCGCCUGCUGCUACAGGCCGAAGCUGAGAAGGCGGAGCUGGGCGACCGCCGUCGGGAAGCCGAAGCGGACCAGGCGGAUGCCCGGGAGGAGGUGGUCCGUCUUCAGUGGGAGAAGGUGAACGUUCAAGCGGAGAAGGAAGCCCUGGAGAGCUCGCAGCGCCACCUGCAGGACAUGCGGCGCAAGACGGAAGAGGAUCUGGACCUCCUGCAGAAGGAGAACGCAUGCAACCUGGAGCAGCACUUGCAGGUGAGCAGACAGAUGCAGAGCGCAUCGGAGGAGCUGCGUGAGAGCAGGAGGCGGCGGGACGAGCAGGCGGCGGCCCUGGAGAGAGCCACUGCAGACAGGGAUGACCUCGCCAAGGACAAAGCCGCCCUGGAGGUCCGACUCUGCUCGGCUGAACGCGAGACCUGCGACUUUGCGCAGGAGCUGCUGGUGCUCAGAGCCGAGAAGCAGUGCCUGGAGACCAGCGUGUUCCAGAGCCAGGAGCUGGCCUCGUCCCUGGAGGCCGAAGGUCGCCGCUCGGAGGCCGAGAGGCGCAGCUUGCUGUCGGCUAAUGAGGCGUUGACGCGUGAUGUCGCUCUGGUGCGUCUUGAUGCGGAGCGUAAAGAUGCUCAAUUCGCCCAGGAACGCAGCACCCUGGAGGAGAAGCUGGUUCAGGCGGAGAGGAAGGCCCUGCAGAUCCUAAAGAACAAGGAUGAGCUCCACCGAAAGGAGCUGGAGGACGAACGCAGACAGAAGGAGCAGCAGCUUGAAGAGAUGAGGGGGAAGCAGGAGAAGCUGCGCUCACUAAAACAGGAGUUGGCCGAGUGUAGCGGGGAGGAGGUGCAGAAGGCAAAGGAGGAGAUGCUCAGAGCCCAGCAGCACUGCGAGAGGAGCAUCCUGCAGGCCCACAGUGAGAUACAGCAGGCUUUGUCCCAGAAGGAGGCGGAGAAGGCGUCCCUGUUGGAGAAGCUUGCUGUCCUCCAGAAGGAUCUUAAUUCUGUAACCAGUGAUCUGGAGUUCACUCGGAGGGAAGCGCUUGCCACACAGGAGCAGGACAAGAAUGAAGUGACGCUCCUGCGGCGUGAGACGCAGCAGCUGCGAGCCGACUUUGAGGCGUCGAUCAACUCGCACGAGGCGGCUGAGCAGAGCGGACGCGAGAAGCUGCGUGAGCUGAGCCAACAGCAGCAUGCUGCCCAGCGCCAGGUGGGGGUUCUUCAAGCUCAGCUGCAGGCCACAGAGGAGCGACUGGCCGAAGCCAAGAGGGAUCUAGCUGAGGCCCGGCGCUCCCUUCGGGACAGUGCUCAAGGGUUGGAGAAGCAGCGCGAGGAAGCCCUCAACCUGCGCCGGCGACUGGGAGACAAGACGAAGGAAAAGGAGGCCAUCCAAACCUCCAACAAGGAGCUCAGGGCCUCCGUCAAGCAGGUGGAGAGCGACAUCAGCAGCUUGCGGCGAGCAGUGGAGGAGCGUGAGCAGCAGGUGUCCGUCUUGGAGGAGCACAAUGUCUCCAUGCAGCAGGAGGCAUCCACGCUCAGGAGUAGCAUGCGGGAGAUUGAGAAGUCACGGCUGCAGACACGCAGACGAAACCAGGACCUGCACAGACAGGUAAAGGUCAUGCAAGGUGAGAAGCAGCGUCGGGAGCAGGAGCUGAAGCAGCUGCAGGUGCAACUCUGUCAGGAGGAACAGCAGCAGGAGGAAGCGCAACGCCUGGCCUUCGACCUCAAGCGGAGAGUGUUGGAAUGCGAGGCUGCCAGAGAUGCAGCCAACAAUCAGGCGUCAUCCCUGCAGAGGCGAGUGUUGGAGCUGGAGGAGGCCGAGCGUCAGAGCUCGGAGCUCCUGCAAGUCCGACAAGCGCAGCAGCAGCUGGCCGCCCAGAAGCAUUGCGACCAGGCCGCCCGGCUGCAGCGGGCUCUGGAGGACGCCGCCCUCCAGACAGCAGAGGUGAGUGCCCGGCUGGGUCACGCCGAGGCCGCCGCCUUGGACCUGGAGCAUCGGCUGGGGGCGAGCGAGGCCCUGCGGCGCGAGUUGGACCGCAAAAUAUCCGCGGUGGGUUCCACGCUGCGCCGUCUCCGCCUGACAUCUCCCAGGAGGAGACUUCCUCGUCAAGGCUCGGCGGGAGACGGCGUGACCGGCAUCUCCACUUCCUGUGCUGACGAUGAAGAAAUGGACUUGGACUCCAUCCAGGCUGGCCUGCAGGAACUCCAGAGAGAACUCAGGGACACACAGAGAGAAAGAGAUGAGUCCAAGGCACAGCUGGUGAUUCUACGCGAGCAGGUCUCAGCACUCCAGGACAAGUCGACCAGUGAGGUGACCAAACUGCACAAGUCCCUGAAGCAGUUCAAAGACGGAAAUCGGGAGAUUGAAGAGCAACUGCGCGAAUCCCAGACCUCGCUUUUCCGGCACCGGGAAGCAGCCGAGCGAGACAAGAUGGGCCUGGAGGAGGAGGCGGCUCAGCUCCGGUCUGCUCUGCUCGCUUCCCAGGCCGAGUCUAACUCGCUAAGGGAUAAGCUGGACAGCUCCCAGGCCGACGCACACUCGGAGCUUGCAAGACUAAAAGAGGCCCUGGAGGAGGCCCAAAGGAGCUCGGUGCGCCUGGAGCUCAGUCGGCAGUCCCUGGAGGACGAGCUGCAGCUCGCCCGUCAAACUGCAUCCGAGCUGGAGGCGGCGGCGGCGACGUCGCGGCAGAGGCUGGCCGAGAGCCAGGCCUCGCUGCGGGCCGGCGAGGAGCGGCAGAGCGCGGCGCUGGCCCGGGCCGAGCGGCGCCAGGGCCAGUUAGGAGAGCAGGUGCGAGCGGUGACCGCCGCACUCAGUGAACAGCGCAGCAGCGAGGGGGCGCUGCAGGAGAACCUGAAGCAACUGCAAAGAGCCAUGACUGACAGCGAGAUUGAACGACGACUCCUGCAGGAUCGUCUGGACGAAACCCGAGACGCCCUGGCGGAGAGCAAGAAGCUGAACCACUCUCUGACAGAGCACAGUCAGACCCUUCAGAGGGACCGGGGGGACUCUGAGUUGAGGAAUUGUGAGCUGGACAAACACAACAAGAGCCUGCAGCAGAGUCUGAAGCGGCAACAGGCGGCGCAAGAGGCGGCGCGGAAGAACGCUGAGCUGCUGGAGAACAAAGCGACAAAUCUGGAAAGUAAGGUGACGAGCCUACAGGUGACACUGCAGCAGCUACAGCGGGAAAAAGCCGACACGGAGAAAGCCAUGACCCGAUUAGGAAAAGACAAAAGCGCUCUCAGGAAGUCGUUGGAGAAGGCGGAGAUGGAGAGGCUGAGGACGAAGGAAGCGGUUGCCACGGAGACGCAUCAGGCGCUGGUCUGCCUCGAGCGGCAGCUGGUGGAGAGGCAGCACCAGGUGACAGCCCUGCAGGCGCACGUGGGCCAGCUGGAGCAGACUCAGGCACAGCGCCUCCUGGAGGCGGCGACGUGCCACCACCAGGAGCUGGACGACGCCACGCAGCGGCUGCGCAACACACAGCUCCAGGCCCAGCAGGCGCAGGAGAGCCGUGAGAAGGCCCACCGCCAGAGGGUCAAGUGUCUGGAAGAUCAGGUGUUCACGCUCAAGCAGCAGCUGGACGAGGAGACGCGGAGGCGACAGGCAUCCGUCCAUAAGAUGCUCCGGCCGAGCGUGCACUCAAGGCGGCCAAGGCCAUGCUGCUGCCGCUGCUGGCCUCCUUGCUGUGCGCCUUGCUACUGCUGCUGCUGCCUGGAGGGGCGGAGGCGGCCGUGCCCCUGGAGGACUUCUACCCCUUCGGCCCGGAGCGGGGGGACGCGCAGACGGUGGCCCAGGACGACGGAGGCUCGGGGCUCCUGGAGAUCUUGGUGGCGUUCCCCUUCUUUGGAGACCGACACACGGGGCUCUAUGUUUGCUUUGGCCCAGCGAAGACCACAUCAAAGUUUGUUGUGCUCCAUGAAAGCGCCUAGGCCGGCAGAAACUCACCCAAGCUAAAUCCUGGAUAUGUCCGCCACUCAACCCCCCAACCCUCCUUAAUUUUUUUUUUUGAAGAAAUAUGGACACAGAGAUGUUUCUCCUGUGAAUCUGACCUUGGCGCUGUUUCGACACGACAACGCCAGGCAGCACUUGAACCCGUUCACUCUCUCACAUAAGUGUAAAGGCUCAGACACAUCCACCGCUUGCUCGGAC